UUUAGUUUGUCAAGAGCAUUUGUCUGUCUUUAACACAUACAUAUCCUAUUCAUUUGAAGGCAAUACCGUUUCCAACAUUAAUGAUUACUUGAACAUAGUGUUUGUUUUUAGUGAGCCGUCCAUGUCCACAUGAGUUGAUCCGGAAAAUCGUUUUACGUGACGCGACGCCAUCAUCAAACAUGGCUGACGAAGAAAACACAAACAUGGAAGUCGAUAAGGAACAGAAUAAACCUUUUGCGAACACAGUUAAGCCACUUGUUGACGAGGUUAGGCAACGAAUAAGUCACCAGAACAAUGUCAAUGUUAAGAAAGACGCGGUUGAAAGCCAUACCACAACAGAGUACUGCGAGAAGCUGCAGGGGUGGAUGUGGCAGUACUACACUGGAAAUGUCAGCUGGCAGAGCUGGGUGGCAGCCACGUCCUGCCCUUAUUACUUACAGUCUGACACUGGACCUUCGACGACACCGCUUGAUAUCAACUCUAUGAACUGGUAUAAUGGUCCGUUUGGGCUUCCUUUGUCGAUCUAUCCACCUGCCGGCUCCUCCCUGGCAGGUGAAGCAGCAGUGACAGCCCAGCCGCAGCAGCAGCCGCAGCAGCAGCAGCAGCAGCAGGAGAACGGAAAUGCACAGAGACCAGGUCGGGAGUAUAGCAUUCCUUCACCUCUCCAAAGACUCCUGGCUGAGAUGGUGGAUUUCUUCAUACUGUUUUUCAUCAAAGCAACUAUUAUCAUCAGUAUUAUGCAUCUGAGUGGAAUCAACGAUGUUUCCAAGUUUGCCAUGCAUUUCAUAGUGGAAGAAAUAGAUGAAGACACAUCCAUGGAGGAGCUACAGAAAAUGAUGCUUGUCGCACUUGUAUACAGGAUAUUAGUUUGUUUUUACGAGAUUGUGUGCAUUUGGGGAGCAGGAGGAGCCACACCGGGGAAGUUUCUUGUUGGACUCAGAGUUGUAACAUGUGAUUCAUCAAUUCUGGUUCAGCCAAACAGGGUGCUUGUAGUGCCUGCAACUAAUGUCUCUCUGUCUGCAUCAACUGUCCGAGCCUUGAACAAGAACUUUUCAAUUGCCUUCUUUUUCCCCGCCUUCAUCACACUUCUGUUCUUCCAGCACAAUAGGACUGUUUAUGAUAUGGUAGCUGGCACAAUUGUUGUCAAGCGCUCCAGGAUCAGAUGACACAAGAGAAACCAGAAGAAAGUCCUACACCAAUACUCAGCAGGCACUGUGUGUGUUUAAGAGAAAUGCCUGCAGAACCCAGACCUCAGCCUUUCAAGGUAUCAUCAGAAAAUGAAGGGGCAUUAAGAUGUUGGCAGAGAGUUGGAUACACAUCAGUAUGAACUAUUUCAGCCCCCUAAUACUUGGGUUUGGUUUAUGUGGGACACAUACUGUAUUUCUGCAUGUAUUUUUUACAUGCUGCUUUCAGAAACUGUUCCUGUGCCAAGUUCAUGUCUACUUUUAAGACAGGAAUAAGGAUGGCCUAUGUCACCAUUUCAUUAAAACAACAUUUGCCUCUUUUUAAAUACUAAUCUUUCAGAUUAAGGGUGAAUGUCUUGUAUCAAGCAGUAUUGAAGUUGCUAGUUAUUAAUUUAUGAAAUUAUACCUUCAGUAUCUCUUUGUAUUAAAAAGUGUCUUAAGAAUUGUUUGCCCUGACUUUUCAAUUUGGAGUGAUUGCCCUUGGUAAAAGUAGGAUUGAUGCCUAUUGAUCAUAUUUUUCAGAUGGUGAAAUGCUAUGGUUGUAAGACACAUUUAAAUGUAUUGAAAGGAAAUGUAAAACUAAUCACAAUUUCUCUCCCUUUUACUCUGACAGCAUGUGUGUGCCAGACAAGUUAAUGUAUUACACAUUUUAUGUGAUUCACUGUUUUUGCAUUUAAGAGAAUUAAAUGAACCCACCACUA